AUGUCCAAGUACUCUAUAUUUAGUAUGUUAUCUCUGUUUAAAACAGGUGCCAUUCAGUUGAAUUCGUAUAAGUCCUCCGGCGACAGAAAGGUUGAGGUUUUCCGGGAAAAUGUAUACCGAGAACUUAAAUGGCGAGGUCUAUGUAGUACUUGUUGGACGAAUCACAACACAGAUGUCGUAUGUAAACAGUAUGGAUUCAUGUGUAAGGGAACCGGAAACAGAACGUGUAAAUGUGGAACCGAUGCCGAGUUUUGGGACACAAGAACAAGCAAAUGUCAAGAGAGAUCCAACUUUUCUGCGGUUUUCGUUCCAUUGACCCAAACCUUCCAAUCAGCAAGGGAGUUCUGCAUUGAAAAGUUAGGAGGAAACCUGGCUCUGCCUGAAGAAGUUCAACAUUUGUUCCUUGAAUGUGCGAUGUAUGAUGCAGAUAUAUGGCUUGAGCAUGUGUCACUGUACAAAGAAAUGGAUAUUGAAUAUGAUACCACAGAAAAAACUCGGCAAUGCUUAUAUGGAACCAAAUCUGGCGGAAUGUUGUAUACGAACGGCCAAGUGGAUUGUUCGGAAACCUUCAGUUUCCUCUGUGUAGUAAACGGUAGUACCUACUCCAACAGUACUAAAUGUAAGAAAUUUAACGAAUUUCACGAGGCAGUGAACACUCCCGUCCAGUCAACAGAUCCACUGCCGAUGAUUAUCGUCGGUGUGUCCGUAUUUGUUAUCUUGGUAAUUGUACUGACCGGGGCAGUUUGUUUAUAUAAAAGGGUGUUGUAUGACACGCGCAAAGAAAACAAUUCAGGUGUUGAUAAACUUAACAUUGAUACAGAUCCGGAGAAUCAAUACGAUUCAACAUCGGACGUGAUGGAGACUAAUCACUAUGGUUAUGGUGUACUUGGCGGGAAGCGCGGAGAAAAUGCUGGAAACGAUAUGUACUCCCAAUCUGGACAAUUGAAUAACAAAGACGAGUAUGACACAUUUAUCCGGAAAGAAGAAGAUACAGAUGUGAAUGAUAUGUAUGAUCACACACGAGCUGUUACACACGAAGAUCACUAUGAUGAAUUUCAGAAACAGAAAUGAUGUCAGGUGGUGGAUAGGUGGCUAGGCUAGUAAUAACGUGAAUUCACUUUUAACGUCACCUGAAACAAAAUCUUCAGUGACCUAU